AUGCAUUUCCUCGCCGCGCUGCUCGCGGUUUUGCCACUUGUAUCUGGAUCUCCAGUACCCGAGAAACGAUCUGGAUGCGCACUUCCCUCUACGUACACGUGGACAUCCACUGGCCCAUUGGCAAGCCCCAAGUCGGGUUUGGUUGCCCUGAGAGACUAUACUCAUGUCAUCUACAACGGCCAACAUCUCGUUUAUGGAUCGACUGCCAACACAGCUGGUAACUAUGGCUCCUUGAACUUUGGCCUGUUUUCGAACUGGUCUGAGAUGUCAUCUGCCAGCCAAAACACGAUGACCACUGGGGCUGUUGCUCCCACGGUCUUCUACUUCGCACCAAAAAGUGUCUGGAUCCUUGCCUAUCAAUGGGGACCGUAUGCGUUUUCCUACAGGACUUCUAGCGAUCCUUCCAAUGCCAAUGGUUGGUCAUCGCCACAGGCUCUGUUUACGGGAACUAUUUCCGGCUCCAGUACCGGUGUCAUCGAUCAGACAGUUAUUGGCGAUAGCACAAACAUGUAUCUCUUCUUUGCUGGAGAUGAUGGCCAUAUCUACCGUGCCAGCAUGCCCAUUGGAAACUUUCCUGGAAGUUUCGGCUCGGCAUCGACGAUCGUUCUCAGUGACUCGACGAACAAUUUGUUCGAGGCAGUAGAGGUCUACACUGUCGAGGGUCAAAAUCAAUACCUCAUGAUCGUCGAGGCAAUUGGUGCAAAUGGACGUUAUUUCCGCUCAUUCACGGCCUCGAGUCUGGGAGGCACAUGGACGCCGCAGGCCUCAACCGAGUCCAAACCAUUCGCUGGCAAGGCCAACAGUGGCGCCACCUGGACCAACGACAUCAGCAGCGGCGAUCUGAUCCGUACGAAUCCCGACCAGACGCAGACGAUCGAUGCUUGCAAUCUACAAUUUCUCUACCAGGGACGAUCUACUAGCUCCUCCAGUAGCAACUACAACCUUCUUCCUUACCAGCCCGGUCUGUUGACACUUGCUUAG